AUGCGCUCAGCACCUGGUUAAUUAUCUCUGUGUUGCCAUUCACAGGCCGUAAAUAAUGUCCCCCUCGAGGAGACCUUAAUUAUGGUUUGACCGUAAGAUCUAAUCUAAUCUACUAUAACUUCGUCCAGGGCCGCAUGUUCAUGUCCUUGACUACCAUGGCGUGUUGCAUCUUCAGUCACUCUUUCACUCUUAUCCACUUUAAUAUUUGCCAUGAAGGACGCAUAUUCGGAACCUAAGCUUGACGAAGCUGCAUAUAACUUCACCUCCGAAUAUUCUGUCACGAUUAAUUGUCCCAUUAGCGAGGUCUUCCCCAUUCUAGGUCAUGGCGAUAAAAUGAAAGAGGUCGUUCUUUUGUACGAUCGCUGUCCCGAAUUCAAAUACCUCAACACGGACUCUGUCCCUCGUCCAACAUGGGAACCCACCCCUCCUGCCAACUUCGCCCGCGAGGCACCUUCAGUUCCUUCAGAUGGUGUACAGCCAACAAUCUCUCGCCAGUUCUUCACUCUCUAUGAGGAAGUUCACAUACUUCCUGGUGUUGUCAAGAGGGUUGAGAUUAACGGUGCUCAAGUUUGGGACGUCGAUGCAAAGAUCGCUCUAUACGAAAGUACGACUGCGCUUGGGGUGACGGUAUGGAAAUUUAAGAAAUUCGAAGAGUUCGAAGAGGAUGGGAAGAGGCGCACUCGGGUAUCGGAGAGGAUACUUGGGAAGUGUUCACGAUGGGUGAGGUUUAUUGUCCAGUCUGAAACGCAACGCGGUCAUCGAGCGCAGAUGGAUAGAUACCAUGUCUUGUUCUCAUGAUUUUGCUUCUGUAUACCUCUGCUUGUUUGUGUAAGCCACGAAGCUGUUCGCUCACUCGAUGCACUCCCUGUUCGCUCUAGAUGUACUCCAACUGGCCGUUCCCUCGCUUCUCUAAUGACACUGGGAUUCCUGUUCCUUCGUAUUAUUGUACCACUAACUGACUUUCUUCCUUUGG